AUGCUGGAUCACAGAGCCAGGAUGGACAGCUCCAAAAGGGAGAAGGUGGAGCAGAUCUUGUCCGAGUUCAGGCUGAAGGAGGAAGACCUGAAGAAGGUGAUGUACCGCAUGCAGAAAGAGAUGGACCGGGGUCUCAAGCUGGAGACGCACAAGGAAGCCUCUGUGAAAAUGCUGCCCACUUAUGUACGCUCCACACCCGAGGGCUCAGAGGUUGGGGACUUCCUCUCCUUGGACCUUGGGGGCACCAACUUCCGGGUGAUGCUGGUGAAGGUGGGCGAGGGUGAGGAAGGGCAGUGGAAGGUGAAGACCAAGCACCAGAUGUACUCCAUCCCAGAGGAUGCCAUGACCGGGACAGCGGAAAUGCUGUUUGACUACAUCUCUGAAUGCAUCUCUGACUUCUUGGAUAAGCACCAGAUGAAGCACAAGAAGCUGCCACUGGGUUUCACGUUCUCCUUCCCUGUCCGGCAUGAGGAUAUUGACAAGGGAAUCCUCCUGAAUUGGACCAAGGGCUUCAAGGCUUCAGGAGCUGAAGGGAACAAUGUUGUGGGGCUCCUGCGAGAUGCCAUCAAGAGACGAGGGGACUUCGAGAUGGAUGUCGUCGCCAUGGUCAAUGACACAGUUGCCACUAUGAUCUCCUGUUACUAUGAAGAUCACCGCUGUGAGGUUGGCAUGAUAGUGGGGACGGGCUGCAAUGCCUGCUACAUGGAAGAGAUGCACAACGUGGAGCUGGUGGAGGGCAAUGAGGGCCGGAUGUGCGUGAACACUGAGUGGGGCGCCUUUGGGGCCUCGGGGGAGCUGGACGAGUUCCUCCUGGAGUACGACCGCGUGGUGGACGAGACUUCACUUAACCCCGGUCAGCAGCUCUAUGAGAAGAUCAUUGGCGGGAAGUACAUGGGGGAGAUUGUGCGGCUGGUGUUGCUCAAGCUGGUCAAUGAGAACCUGCUCUUCAACGGAGAGGCCUCGGAGAAGCUGAAGACCAGGGGUGCCUUUGAGAGCCGCUUUGUCUCACAGAUUGAGAGCGACUGCGGGGACCGCAAGCAGAUCUACAACAUCCUGACGGCUUUUGAGCUGCUGCCUACAGUCACAGACUGUGACAUCGUGCGCAUGGCGUGUGAAAGUGUCUCCACACGAGCCGCCCAGAUGUGCUCAGCCGGGCUGGCCGGUGUCAUUAACCGCAUGCGUGAGAGCCGAAGCCAGGACACACUCAAGAUUACUGUGGGGAUUGAUGGCUCCGUCUACAAGCUCCACCCCAGCUUCAAGGACCGGUUUCACACGGCUGUCCGGCAGCUCACGCCUGGCUGUGACAUCACUUUCAUCCAGUCGGAGGAGGGCAGUGGCCGGGGGGCCGCCCUCAUUUCAGCUGCAGCGUGCAAAAUGGCUUGCAUGAUUGGCCAUUGAGGGGGUGAGCGGGGAUUGACCUAAGGACUAUGGCAGCAGAGGCCACGCCUGGGACAUGGCUCCCUCUUGAGUUCUUUAGAGCGCUCCCCAGAGCCGAGAGACAAUGAGGGAGAGGUACCCAGUGGGAAGGGGGAGAAGCCUUUUCCAGCCCAGCAUAUCCACCCGCCUCCAGCCUGCUCUGCACCAUGCCCUCACCACGCCAGGUUCAGUCUCUCCCCUCGCUGCCCCUAUUCCCUCCUUUGCUGCUUCCGAGCCAGGCUCACGCCAUAACUGUGGAGAUCUCCUCCUGCUGUUGGUUUGUGGGGCACAGCAGGGGCAGGGCUUCACCCA